AUGAUAUCUCCUGCAAAAAUUACCGCCAGGUCGCCAUUGAAAGCUGCAGAUACUAAUUCCAGAGUUCCAAGAAAUUCAUUGAGUAUCAAUACAGAUGGUUCCGCUAAUUUGGCAAAUACUAAGGUUUCUGGUGUAGACACUGGUAACUUAAUGCUAAAGAAAAGAUCUUUGGAAAAACUGGAACAGCAACAAAUUCAAGAUAAGAAAAGACCAAAGAUUGAAAGAGGCAGAUCUAUUGAAGGUGCUAUUGUUCAAGUGAGCAAAGCAUUAUCGUUGAAAAAUGCAGAACAAGACAAUCAAAAUCAUCAUCAAGCUAAAGUGACACCAAAUGAAUUACUUGAAUGGCAGAAUAAUUGGAAGAAAAUUAUGAGAAGAGAAUCAAGGAUAUAUUUUGAUACCACAGAUGAAACUGAUAUUAGUAAACAUGCUAGAUUGAAGUUAGAUAAAAAGAAAGAACUGUUGAAACGUGGAUUUAUAUCUUUGGGCGCACAGAUUACUCAAUUCUUUGAUACUAGUGUUACAAUUGUUAUCACAAGAAGAUCAGUUGAUAGAAUUAGUUCACUUCAAGAUAAUGAUGUUUUAUCAAGGGCUAAAAAAGGUUAUAUGAAAGUUUGGAACUACGAAAAGUCCACUAGGUUUCUUAAAAAUUUAAAUGUUGAUUUGGAUCAAUUGGAAAAGGAAAAAUUAAAUUCUUUAUCAACACCAACUUUAUCUAAUCUAUUGCAAAAUGAAAAAUUAUAUGGGCCAUCUGACAGAGAUCCAAGAACCAGAAGAGAUGAUAUACACUAUUUCAAAUACUCUUCUGUCUAUUUAUAUGAUUUGUGGCAAACAUGGGCUCCUGUAAUAACACUUGAGUGGAAACCACAAGAAUUGAUGGAUGUAAAUAAUUUACCUUAUCCUGUACUGAAAAUGGGUACAUUUGGUAGAUGUCCAUUCAUUGGAGAUGGUUCCUGCGAUGAAUCGUCUUAUAAAAGAGUUGCUAAAAGAUACAACCGCGACAAAGCAAAUAGAAGCUAUGCAUUAAGAUUACGUCAAUUAUAUCAAUAUCACUCUGAGCCUUCUCCCGAUAGAACAGAAUUUCUUUUAAUCCCACAUACAUGUUUAGAUUCCAAGCACUGUUAUGAAAAGUGGCAGCAAAAAUUGAAUAGUCAUCAAACAGCAUUAAGUAAUAACGAGGCCAAGGUAUCGGAAAUAACUGUGCCAAAAACAAAAUUAUCAAAGGUAGAUGAAAAUACUAGUUGGAAAGAACCAAUAAAAGUCCCGGAAAAGACACUUUCAAACAUAUCUUUGUCACACCAGCAACUUCUGGGUACUAUGAUCAGACAGGAAACUGAAGAAUUUCCUAAUGAUUUAUGUAACAGCAAAAAUUUGAAUUGGGUAGCUCAGGAAAUAAAGGCAAGUGGUGUUCAUCAAUCUAAUGAUGUAGCUACUUCUUUCGGAAAUGGAUUGGGGCCUACUAAAGCCAGUGUGCUCAGUAAAAAUUUGAAAUCAUUAAAUAGAAUGGUUGUUGAUAGAAGAUUGGGAACAAAAGCCAAUACAACUAGUUCUGCCAGUAAAAUAAUUUCUAAAAUUAACAAUGAUGAAAAAGAGCAAUCUCAAAGUAAUGCGAGUAGAAUAAAUUCGACCAAUACUACGACCGAUAACGAUAAUAAAGACAAAGACAAAGACAUAAAGAAUACCAAUAAAGGGGUUAAUGUCAAUCUAGACAAAGAAGCUGGUACCAAAAAGGAAAUAGAAAAACCGGUUGUAAGAAAUUCUGGUUACUGUGAAAAUUGUCGAGUCAAAUACGACAGCUUAGACUUGCAUGUUAAAUCUGAAAGACAUCAAUCAUUUGCUCAAAAUGAUUUGAACUUCGAAAGCAUUGAUAGCUUAAUUUCAAAACUAAAAUUUCAGUUUUAA